GAAUACACAUGGGGGGGGAUACAUGUAUAUGUAUAUUCGCGCCUACGCGAUUCUAUGGAUAGACACGACUUCACAACGCGAAUGUAAACGGUGUCGGCGCGGCACUCGUACUCAUCACUGGUCUAGUCGACUCACUUGUUCACGUAUACAUGUACUUCGCAGCUUCGCCCACCACCUCACAAUCGUUAAACCAUGGCAAGUUUAGACGAUACAGAGGAUGUGGCUCUGGAUUUCGGUUCAGAAGAUGAUUGGAGGAGAAAACGAGCAAUUAGGUAUCCUGCAGCUGCUUUCUUUCACCUCUUCUUCAGAGUUGGGGCACUAGUGUCCUACCUCUUCUGCAACCUCUACAGCAACAGCUUCAUUGUGGAUUUUGUUGUCAUCCUCUUCUUUGUCUCGCUGGAUUUCUGGACAGUCAAGAACAUAACAGGUCGCCUACUGGUGGGCUUGCGCUGGUGGAACCACAUUGAUGACGAUGGGACAAGCCACUGGGUGUAUGAAUCGAGAAAGGGAUCCAAGAAGAACACAGAAACAGCCACAGAGUCACGGUUAUUCUGGCUGGGCCUGGUCAUCUUUCCACUUAUGUGGGUCAUCUUUGUAUUCUCCAACCUGUUCACCUUUAGAUUCGCAUGGCUGGUUGUAACAAUAGUUGCCUUAGUCCUAAAUGUAGCCAAUCUCUUUGGUUACAUCAGAUGCAAAGUCAGUUCUAGGAAACAACUGUCAUCAAUGGCAACACAGUUCCUGGGCCAGCAGGUGAUGAGCAGGGCCAUGACUAGUACCAUCAGGCCAAGCACUGAGACAGUGCAGUGAAGAUGGCAAUUCAGCAAGCCGACUAUUUGAAGGGCAUUUCUAUGUACAUAUGCCUUUGUUGUCUAUUUAUAAUUAUUAUAACAUGCCAUUUAAGAUGUGGACGGUUUUUGUUUCAUUAAUUUGAACUAAAGUCCCUGGAGUUCACAUCCUUCAAAGUUUAACAUAUUUUCAAAAUUGGAUAUUGUGGGCACAAGAUGCAAACAUUCCGUGUUUCUCUGCUGCACUGCAUGUGCAUCUCUUAAAAUAUGAAUGGCAUACAAUGUUAUAAUAUGUUUAAUGUAAGAAUAUUGAUGUGCAGAAAAUAGUUCAAUGCUUGGGUUGCUUUGCAGUUUAAGCCUGUUAACAUAGCAUUUUACAAGGCACAUGGUCUGUAUAUUAAUAUUCGUCCAAGUUUGAUCAAUUUAGUACCGUGAUUUUUUUUCUCAAAACAGCUCAAUAACAUUACUUAUCUUGUUAACAAGUCUUUAUUAAAAUUUAGAUUGUUUCGUUUAUGCUUCAGUGAUUUACAACAGUGUCCAUUUUUUCUUUGUUGGUAUAGAUUAUUCAUUACCUGUGAGAUGCGUUUUAUAUUACAGAAUAACUUGCUGGAUUGAACGUAGAGUUUUGUGUUAUAUUUAGAUUGGUUUGGGGAUAGGAAUCUUUAAAUUGUUGCCUUAUUGGAACAGCAUAAAUUGAAUUUUUUUAAAUACUGAAUGACGCAUGCAGUUGUGCAGUAAACAAACGAGUUUGUUACCAUUGUUUAAUCUCUUGGGAUAAAAUUAGUGGUAAAGAUGUGUUACUUUUAAUUGAUGCCGAAGUUCCUUUGAAACUGUAGUGUCCAUGCUUUUGCAAACUAUUCAUUAAUUUUUCUUUCCGAGCAAAUUUUGAUUUUGAAAUGAUACGAUGACUUUUAACAAAUAAAGUUUAUUGGUUGUAAUUUCAGGCCUUAACACAGUACAUUAAGUGCCAUGUAGUAUUGUUGAGGUUAUUAUUCAUAAACUACUGUUGUGAAAAGCAUGUACACACUUGUUCCCAUCUGCCUUCUGAUUUGAAUUAGAAGCGGUAACUGAAAAACUUGAUCAUUUGAUUCAGUAUUUGAUUAUCAAGGACCACUUUUUUUGAGUACUGUCUCACUGGAAAGCUCAUACAAAAUGUGAUCCUAGAAAAACAUCAAUUCAAUUUUUUAAAAAAUCUAUUUUUGAGGUGCCACACCCCAAAAGUACAGAUAACACAUCUUAAAUAGAAACAUUAUUUUUAAAAAUUCUGUUUUGUGCGAAUUACCCUAUGAGGUCAAGGUUUAUUUUCAUAUUGUUGUACCCCAUGUCUGUCAGCAUGGCAAUCGACACAGGGCACAUGAAAAAAUGAAUACUCGACCCUGUAAUGAAUAAAAGGAGAUGAUAAAGUCAUAAGCUGCACUGCAGAGACUAACUUUUAAUACAUUACGUGUCAUUGUCACCGCUGGUAGAACAAUGGAUAUGAACAUAUGUAAUUCCAUAAUCUUCACAUCCACUAACUUGACCCUGUGCAUGUUGGUACAGUCAUAGAAUAGUGAUCAUUUUGAUGCCAAAAUAAAUCAAUUACAUCUAUAUGGAUACUGA